AUUCUUAAGUUUUUCUACUUCAUGGUUAACAUGUGCAAAUAAUUGUCAAAUGGUUAUAGUCGCUUUUUAUUCAAAGUUAUUAAAAAUCAUCUACUUUUAAAAAUCUUCGUGAGAAAAGACAUUAAAAUAGUGCAAGAACAUGUCGCAUGCAGCAAUGCAAAGGGAAAUUGCGAAAGCAAAGAAAAUCCUGCAUCCAAAUAGUCGAAAGGCAAUUGCAAUUGCAAAGAGAACUACAAAAAUUUCACACAGACAGGACAGUAAAUUGGCUACUAUGAUAAAACAAAAUUUGGUGGGAGAAAAGAUUAUGUGGAUGAAAGAGCAUAUGAAUUUUGACGUAUGUCCAUAUACUCCAGAACUCACAGGAGAACUACUUGUUAAGUAUAUUGCAAGAAAUGAUGAGGAACUGGAACAAAUUGCCAUAAAGCGUUCUAUAGGACCAAAAAGAGCCACACAACAUGCUACACGAGAAAGUAUCAUAAAAAUGACUAAACAAAGGGAGUGGGAAGAGUUUAACACUUGUGGAAUUGAAAUUCCUGAUAUUUUAAAUCGAAGGCAACAUGAGAUGUUAAGGAAGUGGGGUGGUGAAUUGAAAUUUUUACCUAAUUUUAAGUUUCGAAGAUUUGGGAAACAUCAUAUGAUAAAGGCAAUGGCAAAGGCAGCUGUAAAUCAAUCUACAAAUAUCAUUGAGUCUUCUGUUUCAAGUCCAAAAGACAGUAAAAUUAAAAAUAUUGAGAGCAGCAGUAUAGAAAGUAAGGAAUUAAACUGUUUGUCUGAAAAUGUCACAAAUGAAUGUCAAAUGGCUGUAGAAUAAUUCUAGUAUUGAAUGUAAAAAGGUAUAAAUAUAGGAUGAAUUAUAUUGUUACAAAAUC